CCUGUGUAGUUUCCGUGUAUUUCUUGCAGGAAACGACAGCAACCAGUGGCAGAAGCGGCAGUAGCUGAGUUUGGAUUUAGAAAGUCUCGACGUUUGAAGAACGGCGUGCCGUUGUUGCCGUCAAUUGCGUUGUGCCUUUGUUAAUACUAGUGAAUUGUGCGCUGUAAAAUUAUGUCAAUUAGUGUUUCAACCCUGAUGAGAGUUUGUAUUUGACCUUAUAACGUGUGUAUUUUACCAGAAUUUAGAUACGUAAAUUAAAACGUGUAAGGAUGGAUUUCCUCGAGUACUCUGAUAUUACCGCCGAGGUGAAAGGCGUCAUGACUCCAGGAAAGUUGAAGUUGACUGACCAACAUUUGAUAUUCAAAAAUCAGAAAACAGGAAAGGUUGAGCAAAUUUCUGGUUCUGAUAUGGAAAUGGUCAAUUACCAGAAAUUUGUUGGAACCUGGGGCCUUCGAAUAUUCCUAAAAAAUGGAACGUUACAUAGAUUUCGAGGCUUCAAAGAUGGGGACCAAGAAAAAAUAGCCAAAUUUUUUACUUCAAACUAUCAAAAGGAUAUGUUGGAAAAGGAACUCAGUUUGAAGGGUUGGAACUGGGGAACUGCAAAAUUCAAUGGUUCAGUGCUAAGCUUUGAUGUUGGACAUCACACUGCGUUUGAAAUUCCUUUGUAUUACGUUUCACAAUGUAAUACAGGAAAAAACGAAGUUACUCUAGAGUUUCAUCAGAACGAUGAUGCGCCGGUAAGUCUAAUGGAAAUGAGGUUCCAUAUUCCUAUAAGUGACAGUGCCGAACAAGAUCCUGUCGAAGGAUUCCAUCAGCAAGUGAUGAGCAAAGCGUCGGUCAUCAGUGUCAGUGGAGAUGCGAUCGCUAUCUUCAGAGAAAUUCAUUGCCUUACGCCUCGUGGUCGUUACGACAUCAAGAUAUUCCAGUCUUUCUUUCAACUUCACGGUAAAACAUUCGACUACAAGAUCCCUAUGUCUACUGUGCUCAGAUUGUUCUUACUGCCUCAUAAAGACAGUAGGCAAAUGUUUUUUGUUGUCAGUUUAGAUCCGCCCAUCAAACAGGGGCAGACACGUUAUCAUUAUUUGGUACUGUUGUUCAGUCAAGAAGAUGAAACGUCUAUUGAAUUGCCAUUCACAGAGAAAGAGUUGGAACAAAAAUAUCACGACAAAUUAACUAAAGAGUUAUCUGGUCCAACUUAUGAGGUUCUUGGCAAAGUAAUGAAAGCUAUAAGUGUCAGAAAACUUACCGGACCUGGUGGCUUUGUUGGGCACUCAGGAACUCCUGCAGUUGGUUGUUCGUUCAAAGCUGCAGCUGGUUACUUGUAUCCAUUGGAAAGAGGUUUCAUAUACGUUCAUAAACCACCAAUUCACAUACGUUUCGAAGAAAUUGCUUCGGUCAAUUUCGCACGUGGCGGUGGAUCAACGAGAUCAUUUGAUUUUGAAAUUGAAUUAACGAGUGGCGUUACUCACACCUUUAGCAACAUUGAAAAAGAGGAAUAUGCCAAACUCUUUGACUUUAUCACAUCCAAGAAACUGCGAGUGAAGAACAGGGGCAAAACUGACAAACCGAAGUACAACGACGACUUUGGCAACAGCGAUCAAGAGGAUGAGCCUGAUGCUUAUUUGGCAAGAAUCAAAGCAGAGGUAGAAGAAAGAAGUGAUGAUAAUCAAGAGUCUGAGGAGUCAACCGAUGAAGAUUUCAAUCCUAACCAGGAUGAAAGUGACGUUGCUGAGGAAUAUGAUAGCAACGUGAGUGCAUCUGACAGUGAUGCAGAUUCAGAUGCUUCAGGUGGAAGUGGAAAAAAAGAGAAAAAAGAAAAGAAAGAAAAGAAAGAAAAGAAGCACAAGUCUGCUAAGACUGUUUCUGAAAAGCCACGUAAAUCACGUAAACCAAAGAAGGAGAAAGAUGAGAAUAAGCCCAAGCGACCGUCCACUGCUUUCAUGUUAUGGUUGAAUAAUACUCGAGAGGAGAUCAAAGCGAAAAAUCCUGGAAUUGCUGUGACUGAAAUCGCAAAGAAAGGUGGUGAAAUGUGGCGAGAACUAAAAGAUAAAUCUGAAUGGGAACAAAAAGCAGCUAAGGCUAAGGAAGAUUAUGCAGUAGCUAUGAAAGAUUAUGAGGCCAGCGGCGGUGCCGCGGGCACGAAGGCUAAAGAAAGUGGUAAAGAAAAAUCAGACAAGCAAAAGAAAGAAAGUAAGAAAGAAGUCUCUCCUAGUAAACUUAUGACAGGUGGCGCUUUCAAGAGCAAAGAAUAUAUCAGUGACGAGGAAAGCAGUAGCGGUAGCGGUGAUGAUUCUGAAGAUAAAAAGGGUUCAUCAAAGAAAAAGAAAUCCGAUGAAAGUGAAGAUGAAAAAAAGAAAGUCUCUGAGGAUGAAAGUGAUUCGGCGAAGAAAACGAAAAAGAGAGGAAAUAAAAGACCUGCUGAAACCGAUGGGAAAAAGACGAAAAAGGGGAAGAAAGAUUUAUCAGACGCUGAAGGUAGCGAUGAAGAGUUCGAUGAACCCGAAGAAAGUACCCCUGCAACAAGUGACGCAGAAUCGGAGUAGUGAUCGAUUCCAAACUAUAAAGUAUACUAAUGUUCUAGACCGUGUACCUGUUCCAUAACAAAUUGUAUGAAGUUUUGUAAUCCUACCCUGCAGAAGAUCGUCCGUGUCACUUAAGUGUUGAAACGGGAAUACUCAUCCGUAAAACAUUAUUGUAAUUAGCUGCAGCCAAAGUUGCGUAGCUGUUAUGUUACCUUUGCAACAGCAUUAUACUACAUUGUGUUACUAGGGCGUUAAAAUGUCGAAAAUAAAUAAGUACUUUUUCAUUAUUAUGACUGGUACAAUAUUAUUUAUUUGGUUCAAGGGAAUUCCAAAUUUUUCUUUAUUAAUACACAUUUACGUCGAUGAAGAGACACGAAAUUGGGUCUGUUUGAAUGACUUUCAACACCACUAGACCAUAAAGUAAUUCUAGUGCGGUAUUGUUAUAAGUGUUUUGCGUAAUGCUUUAAAUUAAAUUGCUCUACUUUAAUAAUUUAUUGUUCUCACUGAUAUGAUAUAGGCUGGCUAUCAUAAUGUUUUUCAUGAUUUUGGGCCUUCAGCAAUUGCAAUGACCCAUUUACGAACCUAUGUGCCUGACUGUAUAACGCGUUAUACGUAACCUUUGUUUCAUUUUAUAGGCAUUUGACAAUGUUCGAUCGAAAUAUUGCAAACGCUUUCAGAUGAACGGAACUUAAUGGCAGCUAAUUCAGGCGUUGCGAGCAAAAAAAAGUUGUUUUCAUGCCAUAGUAUAUCAGGAAAUAUACGGUAUACCACAUAUUACAUGUAUAAACUAGGAUUACUCAUGACUACUAACUUAAGAAAAAUUUUGUGCUUAUAUGCUACAAUUAUGUAAUUUAAACAUUGCUGUACCAACUUUUUUUUACCUACUAUUAACUUAAUAUGAAUAGUAAUGAAACAUCAAUCAAUCUUGCCUGCAACCUUUAUGGUAAAGUUGAAUUAUUAUUAUUAGUGGAUGUAAUGGAAUACAGCCAAGGAAGUUUAGAAUGAAAAAAUCGUCCGCCAACCGAGUUUAUCAUUUCAAUUAAUUGCGACCAUUGGAGGAAAGCUUGUGACAAUCACUGGGGCAGCCGUGAGAUAACAUCAUUUGCGGAACUCAGCAUUGGGCUGAUUUUGAGAUUCUACACUCUGGGUACAGUCAAUAAACCGUGACAAAAAAUCUUAAGGAAAGAAGUAUUACCGCUGUUCAUCUCUGGUUGGCUCCACUUAAAAAUUUCGAAAUCGUUUUUCUCUUUUAGUAAAUGCCUAUUUGUUUAAUACGUGACAUCGAAACAAGCCAACAAACCAUUUCAAACCACAAGCUCCUAAAUGAUACGGUAUAAUUUGGGUCACCGCAUUGAGACGCAUUUACUACUAUAUCUUUAUCUUUUCUUAAACAGAAAAAUGUAAGAUCACAAGAGUGCAUGUGAGAUCGAGUAGGAAACGAAUUCAUGAAUAGGCUUGAAUACGAUGUGCCAAUAUAGCGUUAAAGCGUUAAUGUUUCCUUUGGUACGAAAAUUAGAAUGAACAAACAGAUAAAUCAGUUAUUCCGAACAUGUGUGAAAUAUCAUGUUUACGAUUAUCUGUAAAUAAUCGGUUUAAAACAGUUAUUUCAUUUCAGUGUUUUGUCUCCAUGGUCUUCAUCCUCAUAAGGUCAGAUAAAUGAAACCAGGUCUACACAGAUUCUUAUCUUUGGUAUACGUACUAUUAGUUUUGCCAUUUCAUCAUUGUGGACCGACUGAUUCCAAGGUUUUUCUUUUUUUUUAAUAUGCGUUUCUUUUACUUUUAGAAGUCAAAAUAUACCCCACUUAUAUGGUGUGUAGUAUUUCGGUCGAAGAAUAAAAUUCUACCGUUAAAUGAAA